UAGAACAGUGGUAACAAUUUUAUUGUAUCGUGCGGUAUCUCAUUGUUCCAUAAAGAACCAAACUCUAGUCAGACCAAAAACUUUUUAUCUUUUUUUCGACGUCAUUUAAUAAUGCUCAGUUUGUGUAUAACGAUAUUGAAACGCAUAUUGAAAUAAUGUAAUGAGAUGUAACGUUUUUAAUUUUUCCGUUUCACGCGGUAUUAUUUGUCCGCUCGUUCUCAUUUCUUUUUUCCUCUUGGGGUUCACCACUCUGACCGUUUUAAACUCAUUCGGUCUGUUAGAAAGCAGAAUAAUGAUAGUAUUCGUGAAUGAUAGCAAUAAUAAUUGCAACGAUGACUAGGUACGUCGUACUCGUUCAUGCUCGUUCGGAUGUGGCGCACCGUUUACGCUUCGCGCGAGACGACAAAGAAAUAAAAGAUCUAAUUGCAUCAACCGUUGACGCAUUUUCUCGUCGAGCAUUCGUCUCGGUUCUCUUUGUCGUUCAUCGACAUUUUUAAUUCGUGUGAUUGUCAAAUUCGAGUUUAAGAAAAUAUGUUUUUGAAAAAGUAGAAAACAAAUACGAUGGAUAUACCAUAACAAUAUUAGAUUUUCAAAGAAAAUAUGUUAGUUAUUCGAAUGAAAAUACGUCGUUUUCAUUAAACGUUUCUGUUAUGUAUCGUUUGAUCUUGUUGAAUUCGAAUCGACUUAUAUCCUCGUAUCCUUGCACUUCGCUAGCUGAGUAUUAAAAGACGUUUUAGAUACGUAGUUUCGAAUAAACCUCGUUCGUCUCUUUAUAAAUCGAUUGGGAUUCUUGAGCGGAGGCAACGAAUUUAGAUACACGAUUGAAAUGCAUGCCGUGAAUCGGCGGUAGCAUCCGUGGCGGUUUAACAUCGACGCUACGAAGAGCCGACGAUUCGCGUAAUGAUACAUCGACUACGUUAUCGGUAAGAGUCCAGGUGUAACACAAUGGAUCAGCAACAACAGCAAUCGGGUAAGAAACAUCAAACAACGGCAAAUUCACCGGAGGCGGCUAUAGCUGGCGAGGUCUUCGAUCAAUUCUGCAAUGCUACCACCCUUAAGUCCAUACUCGGCCAUUAUAGACAUCUUUGUGAGUUGCUCAAGAUCAAGCCGAAUACGAUAAAUCAAUUUUAUCCAAAAUUAAAGUCGAAGCUGCGAUCGUGGAAGGCGCAAGCCUUGUGGAAGAAAUUCGAUCAAAGGGCCAAUCACAAGUGCUACAAUCGCGGAAAAGCAUGUCCCAAUACGAGGGUUUUGAUCAUAGGAGGUGGCCCUUGCGGGCUUCGAUCAGCGAUAGAGGCACAGCUGUUAGGUGCAAAGGUCGUGGUCGUUGAGAAAAGAGACCGCAUGUCUAGAAACAACGUUCUACAUCUUUGGCCCUUCGUCAUUCAAGAUCUUCGUGGAUUAGGCGCAAAGAAAUUCUUUGGAAAAUUCUGUGCCGGCUCGAUCGAUCAUAUCAGCAUACGACAGCUGCAGUGCAUCUUACUCAAGGUCGCCCUUAUUCUCGGCGUCGAGUUCCACGAGAGCGUCAGCUUCGAAUCGUUGAUACCACCACCGGAUAAUCAAGAGGAAGCCAAGAUCGGAUGGAGAGCUAAGACUUCACCCGCCGAUCAUCCUGUAUCGCAAUACGAAUUCGACGUGCUUAUCGGUGCCGAUGGAAAAAGAAAUACUCUCGAAGGUUUUAAACGCAAGGAGUUUCGUGGGAAACUCGCUAUCGCAAUAACAGCUAAUUUCAUAAAUAAAAGAACCGAAGCCGAAGCACGAGUUGAAGAGAUCAGUGGUGUCGCAUUUAUAUUUAAUCAAAAGUUUUUCAAGGAAUUGUAUCAAGAAACGGGUAUCGAUUUAGAGAACAUUGUCUAUUACAAGGACGAUACGCACUACUUCGUCAUGACCGCUAAGAAACAUAGCUUGAUCGAUAAAGGUGUUAUUCUUCAGGAUCAUGCUGACACUGCCAAACUCUUAGCAAAGGAAAAUGUAGACCGAGAAGCAUUGAUGUUGUAUGCGAGAGAAGCUGCUGAAUUCUCAACGGAGUAUCAAAUGAUGGACAUGGAAUUCGCCGUUAAUCAUUACGGUCAACCGGAUGUGGCCAUGUUCGAUUUUACAUCGAUGUACGCUGCAGAAAACGCAAGUCGUGUUUUACAUCACAACGGGCAUAGAUUGCUCAUGAUUCUAGUCGGCGACAGUCUUCUUGAGCCAUUUUGGCCAACUGGAUCUGGUUGUGCAAGAGGAUUUCUGAGUUCGCUUGAUGCUUGCUGGGCGAUAAAAGGAUGGGGUACAUCCCUGACACCGUUAGAAGUAAUCGCUGAACGAGAAUCGAUAUAUAGGCUUCUUGGUCAGACUACUCCAGAGAAUUUAAACAGAGAUUAUGCCGCAUACACUUUAGAUCCUCAUACAAGGUAUCCGAAUUUGAAUUCUCAUUCGGUUACUCCUGCACAAGUGCUUAGUUUGGUGGACACAGAUGAUCCAGAGAUAAUUAAACAACCAGCAGUACAGACUGAAAUUGAUAUCCCUAAGAAACGGCGACGUCGUGAUCUUAGAGCAGACUCUCAAGUGCAUCCGGACGUAUUGCUUCGUUGGUUACAAAAGCAGGUUGCUCUUUAUGAAGGCAUACAUAUAGAAGACAUGGGUGCUUCUUUCAAAAGUGGUUUGGCUAUCUGUGCCAUUAUCCAUAGAUAUCGACCUGACUUAAUCGAUUUUUAUAGUUUACAAACAACGGAAGCAGCAACAAAUAAUCAGCUUGCUUUUGAUAUUUUAGAAAAGGAACUAGGCAUACCUCCGGUAAUGACCGGAGAAGAAAUGUCUCAGUGCGACGUUCCUGAUAAAUUAGCUAUGUUUUCCUAUUUAACUCAAAUAUACGAAGUUUUUCGUAAAGAGAUUCCCCAUAUAAAGCAUCCUAAAUUGGAAAUAGACAAUGAAGAAAUAUCAUCGCAUCUGAUAUUGAGCCAUUUGACGGCCGAACAGAAAGCACAACUACUUGGACAUAUUGUCAAACAAGAAAGUGCAACGCGAACAAGACAUUCACGUUUACGUCAAUCAAGUGAAAAUAUACAACAGCACGGAGAUAAAAAAGGUGAUACCAUCAGUCGGCGGUCUAGGAAAAGACGAAGUAUGGAGAAGAUCGGUGCAACAGUGGAGGAAAGGCUGAAAAGACUCGAUGAAAUAGAAAAGAAUCGUGUCGAACAUAUGAAGAGGCGGCAAUUCUUACGAAAAAUGGCAACACAACAAUUCUACAAAAGUAUGCAGAUGUUGCAAGCGAAUGCAAAACGGGAAAGAGAUGAGCCUUUUGAGGAUUACUCGAUAUUCUUAUAUCGUCAGACUGCUCCAGAUUUCAAGGAUAGAGUGAAAGAUCUGGAGCAGAAAAUCUUGCAUCCAGACAGAGAAUCUAAGUUACAUGCCAGUCAUCAUAGGUAUGGAAUAGAUGAAGAAUUUUCCGGACGAAUAAAAAAUAUUGAACAUAAAUUAAAGGGUUCUGGGUUGCCAGAAAAAAAGCCAAGAGAUCUUCUACGUGCUAUUGGUAAGAUUGAAAAAACCGAUUGGAAUAUUAAAGAAAUAGAAAGAAAAAUUGAAGAAAAUAAAAUGGGCCAUGGAGUGCGACAUGACAAAGUAGAACGAGUGCCGAAAUGGAGUCGAGAACAGAUUUCUAUAUGCUUUAUUCAGUUUUUAGCUCGACAAAUUAAAAUGGAGAAGAAGGGGCAUGAUCCGAAGGACGCAGACAGUAAGUAUGCUGAAAUUGACAAUACCCUCAAAAAUAUUGACAAGAAGAUUAAAGAGGGUAAUGUACUUGGACAUAAUAAAGUCUCAGCUAUGGCUGAGCAAUUUUCAAGUAAAACACAGGAUACAGAACCCAAGGUGCAGAAAUCGAAUACUAAAACGCCACUGACGUUACCUGCGCAAGGAGGUUCAGAAAUGUGUCAUUUUUGUAAUAAAAGGGUUUAUCUCAUGGAAAGGUUGAGUGCAGAAGGCAAAUAUUUUCAUCGAGGUUGUUUCCGUUGUGAAUAUUGCUCAACUUCAUUAAGAAUAGGAAAUCAUACAUAUGACAGACUAAAGAAUGGCGGACGCUUCUAUUGCACACAACACUUUGGUCUUCCAGGAACUAUGAAAGCUAGAAUUGAAAAGAAGAAAUCUACAGUAAAUAAAGAAAAUGUAGCAAAUACAUCUGUUAAUGCAAUAGUUCCAGAGAAGAUUAAUAUACAAACGGAAGGAGUCGUAGGACUUGACUUACUUGAUCGAGGUCAAACACCAGAAAGGAUUGAAUUUGAAAAUUUAGCAAGAGUAUCAGAUACGGAAGAAGCACACAGUCAAAUGGACGAAGACGAAUGGACGGAUAGAAAUUUUGGUGCUUCUGCCGCGGAAAUGGGCUCCAGCGAUGAUAUUUCUGAUAUGAGUGAUUCAGAUGACGAUAAUGAAGUUUUUGAAGAAGCAAUAGAUCAGCCAUUGACCACAGAGGGAACUUUAGAAUUAGCUAAAAAUUGGACACUUCGUUAUUCCAAUUCUCAAAAUGCAGCUGGACAAUCUGAUACAGGAAGUAACGAAUAUGAAGACUCUAGUGAUGAAUAUACCAGUGAAGAGGAUGAAAGCAGUACUGCAACAGAAGAUGAAGAUGAUGCGCGUGCUCGAGAAUUACGAAAGCAAGAGGUCUGGUUGCCAGUUCCUCCAAUGAGUUCUGACACAGAUACUGGUUCAGAAACAGAGGUUGCUUCCGACGAUGGAUCGACAGAAGAAAGCGAAGAAAAUUCGGCUACUGAAAUAUCUACAGAUUCUGAAUUUGAACACGACGGAGUUACACCAACACAGCAUGAAAUUCCAGAAAUUACAAUUAAUGAUGCAUACGUUCGAAAGACCAGGGGUAAUUACGUGGAGCCUAAGAAAGUGCAGGUGAAAAGUAAAAUAAUAUCAUCAAUUAAUGGGAAGUUUAAACAAGAAAAGGAUUCAGAAGGUAAAGUUGACUCGGGAGAUUUAAAUCCUACGAAAAAAACAAUACAAGAAACUAAAACUGAAUCAAAAUCUCCAAUGCUUGGAUUUAAUUUCAAUACAAACAAUCUGUCACCAUUAGUUAAUCCACGAAAAGGUGACUACCUAUUAAAUCGCACGCAUUCUACAGAGGGAAUUGCAUCUAAAUUGUCUUUAGAACUCAAGAAAAGAUAUUUGUUGGGAGGACCAGCUCUUGCUGGCUCUGUUAUGAAGUCUGGUUCUACUUCAAAUGUAGAUACAAAAUUAAGAAGUCUCACAGAUGCCAUUUCUCAACAUCAGAAACUUUUAAAUCCAGCUCCUGAACCAAGUCCAACAAUGCAAGCAUUUUUACAAGGCACAAGCAAAUUACAUUUAAGUAAUAGUCAACUUUCUCCAUUAUCACCUACUAUGUUAUUUUCUUCUCAAUCUGUCAGACCAUUAUCAGUUAAUCAAGUUUCUAAAAUUAAUCCGAACAAUGAUUCUUAUGAACAUAAAGCUGCUAGUGGAAUAUCAGAUGCAUCUAAAAUACAUCUUCCAGAUUUGGUAACAGAAACGAGUAUCUUAAAAUCUAGAACUGCUCCCAAUGUCAGUGAAUCUAUGAAAGAUGUCGAGAAAAAGCAAACGGAGGAAAAAAUUUCUCCCAAUAAAAUUAAUGAUACCAAUACAAGAUCUUUGAUACUAGAGAAUGUUAAUACCCAAACUACAGAAAAAACUCAUUCUACUGGUUUAGAUGAAAAUAUCAGUUGCCGUCCUCGUAGUCCAUUACACGAAACAUCAAUUAUUGUCCCUGAAGUACAUUGGGUUAAAAAUAAAGAAGAAUUGAAAGAAGCCGACAGUACAGAAGACUCAGAAAUCGAUAGUGAUUCUUUAUCUUUAAGUGAUGUUGAAGUAGAAGAAGACAAGGGCGAACAAUUACUUACUGCAAAUUUAUCUCCUCCAAGACUUCAAAUUCAUAGUACAGAUGGAGAUCUUUUGUUGGACGAAGGUAUUGAAAAAAAUAAGGUAUUGGAUAUCUGUUCCACUUUUGAACCAGAUUCUAUCGAAUGCUCAUUUUUCCGAGAUGAACAAUCAAACGAUGAACAAAUUGCAACACAAUUAAUGCAAUCAUCUUUAAAUAACGAUAAAUUAAUUGAAGUUUUAAAUAACAAAAUAGAAGAAUGUGAUUUACAUGAUAAUAAUAAACAAAGUAUUAGCAGUUGUAGUAGUCCAGCAUCAGUGGCAUCUGCAAUAUCUAACAAACAAGAUGAUUCAGAGGAAAAUGACGUAACUACGACAGCUGCGCUUACUGAAACAGAAUUUUCAGAAUGGGCUCGCGAUGGUCAAGAUUUAGUUUCUUACGAUUUGCAAGAUACUGAUUUCGACAUAAAUCCUGAAUUUGUAACUAAAAGAAAAAAUUCAAAUCUAUUCCAUGGAGGACAAUCUUCUGUGUUUAAUACGACAAUGAUGAAAAGAGAAAAUCCGGAUGAUACACAAGCGUAUACUUAUAGAUCAGAUAGAAGAACAGAACUUCCAUCGAAUAAUACUUCGGAACUUCUUGCAAAUGGGGAGAACAUUGAUUACAUGGAUACAGACAAUGAAUCUCUUUUAGACGACAGUCUUCAAGAUGCGACUAAUACAACAUUACUUAAAAACAGAGGAUAUGUUGAAUUUGUAAAUAUUAAAACUAUUAAUUCUUUGAGAAGUAACAUAACCGAUGCGCCAAUAGCAACAUUGGAAUGUGAAAACGACAUUUGCUCGGAGGAGGAAAUCGUUAAUAAUGAAAAUAUCAUUGAAAUCAAUCCUGUAACUAUGGAUGAUGUCAUGAAUAAAUUAAAUGGUGCUACGAAUUCUACGAAUAGUAAACUUCAAGAAAGUUCAAUUUCCAUUGAUGCAGAGUCGAGAACUGUUCAAGAAGCACAAACUAUCUCAGAAGCAAUUAACAAUGAUUCAUUGCAAUCUAUGGAUGAAGAUAGUUUAUUAAUAGUCGAACCUGCUGAAGAUACAACUACCAGUGAAGUCAUUACAAUACUUGCUAGUCCUGUUAAUCCACAAAAAUCUAUUGUGCCUAAAGAAGAGGUACAUGAACAAAUACAACAAGGAAAAACACUUGCAGAUUCGAGUAAUCCGGAUUAUUUGGAAUAUGUAAAGCGUCUUCAAUCAAGAAUUGCAGAAUUUAGUAAUGCCAAAGAUUCGAUAGAUGUCCGAAAAUCCAAAAGAAAGAAUUCUAAAAACUUGGCGCAAACUCGGACAGCGGAAUUAAUAGCAGAAGAGAUUAGAAAUCAAGAGUCAUUCAAUAAUAAUAAUCUCAAUUCUCCUGCCACUUCUCGUAAAUUAGAAGAAAUUACAAGAGAAAGAUCUAAGCAAAAAAAUGUUAUCGAAGAUUUGUUAAUGGAUAAAUUGGUUGCACAUAAACAAAAAUCUGCAGAAAAGAAAGCCAGAAGAGCAGCAAGAGCUUCUUCUUUUAGUUCCGUACUAUCUCCAGUGAAACUACCUACCAUUGCUGCUGCAGCUAAUAAUACAUCUGCAACUAAAUUCGUACCAACAUCUUUAGAAACGCAAAUUAGUAAUAGUCAUAAUAUGACAUUUGCUGAUGCCAAAAAAAUAUUGCAGACAGAACAGUCAUUGCCUGUUGAUUCUAAUAUAUCAUCUCAAAAAGCAGAAAACAAUGAAAGUACUUCUUAUAAAAAAAGCACAAAUCAAACAGAACAAUCUGAAAAUUUUGCAUCUCCAAAAUCGCAUAAUGAAAUGGACAAGGAUUUCAAAACUCCUAUUGCUCCACCUAGAUGCAAACAUGAAGAGGCCAAAAGAACAACUGAAAAGGCACGACAAGAUGCGAGAGAAAGAGCUAGGUUGAAGAGUGAUGAAGAUCUAGGAUUAAGUCCAGAGGAUAAAAUCAAGGAAUUAAAAAUGAAGUUUGCACGUAGGCAACAUUCGGUCGAAGAGAGAAGAAAAACAGAAGAUAUAGCAUCACCAGAAGUUAAAAGCAGAUCUUUUAGUUUCACUAUAAGUAAGCCAGGAUCCAAGCUUCAAACGAGUAAAAGUACAGAUAAUAUGAAAGCAAUAACUAAAAAAAUGAAUCUUAAAGAUGUAUCAACCAUUAGUGCAAAAUCAAUGGACGAAUUAUCAAAAGCAACUAAUGCGCCCAAUUCUGAUAAUGUAACUAGUGGAAUGAAAGGAGAAACAAAAAAAGCAAAGGAUCCAGAAAGACGAAAAAGUAUUAUUCAAGCAGUCUCUGACUUCUUCUUCAAGAAGGAAACGUCGGUCUCUCCGCAAAAGGACAAGCUAUCGAUGUUCCGUCUUACAUCAAAAUCUAAGGGCAAAUUAUAUAAAUCGUAUUCGGAUGGGUCAGAUAUUGAUAAAGUGGAUUCUACAAAAUUAAAGGCAAGGCCCAAGAGUGUUUGUGAAAGUAUGCUUAUAGGAAACUACCUCAAUGAAAAUCCUCCAGAUAUCCCUCCACCACCCCAAGAUUACAUCAAUGUUACAACACAUAUUUCAGAUGAUAGUUUAUCAGAAGAUGAUACAAAGACUGCAGCUUUGUCUACAUCUCAAGUACAAAAGGCUACUGCUACAGAAGGAUCUUGUAAUAGCAUUUCACGUAAAACAAAAACAAUGAGGAAAUUAACGCGGCAAGCACAAUUGAAACGACUGAGGAUGGCACAGGAAAUACAAAGAAAAUUAGAAGAAACAGAAGUAAAGCAAAGAGAAUUAGAAAGUAGGGGUGUUAGUGUUGAAAAAGCACUUCGUGGGGAAGGAGAUUGUUCAGAUAGAGAAGAAGCAGAUUUAUUAAGGGAAUGGUUUGAUUUGAUGAAAGAACGUACAGAAUUACGUAGAUAUGAAAAAGAACUUCUAGUACGUGCACAAGAAGUACAACUGGAAGAUCGUCAUGAAAGAUUACAACAAGAGUUACGCGAACGUUUAGCUGAUGAUGAUGAAAAGAAGACGAGUGCUGAUGUUGAAAAGGAAGGAGAAAUAUUGACCGAAAUGUUAGAGAUUGUUGAAAAACGAGAUACACUUAUAGCUCUUUUAGAAGAAGAACGACAAAGGUAUCAGGAUGAAGAUCGUGAUCUUGAAGCUCAGAUGUUGGCUAAAGGCCUCAGAUUAAUACCAAUGAAAAAAGUGGGCUCUAAGUAUUCAGUUUAAUGUAGGAAUUGCACUCUGUAUACAGAUUCCGCUUUACUUUUUUUUUUUAUAAGUCUAAUUGAGAAAUGUAUUAUAAAAUUGUAGGUAACUUAUAAAUAUGGACAGUCAAAUCAAAUAUUAUUUUAUUUUUGCUUCAAUGUUUUUCAUUAUAAAUUCAAUGCAGAUAGUCUUCAAACGCAUUACAUAUUCGUUAAGUAUUCAUAAAAUAUAGUAUUUUACACUAAUGAUACGCUUAAUAUGCAGUUAGUGCAUAAUGAGAUCAAGUUAUAAGAAUUUUUUAAGAUUAAGAUUUGGCUCAGUCUUCUCUUCUUCGAUAAAAAAAAGAAAAUGUUGUAUGUUAUACAAAUAAUACACAAGUGCAAUGAAAUAUAAAAGAUUCCCAUUACAAAUAUAUUUAAUACAAUUUGGCACACUUGAAAUUAGAAUUUUCAAGCGCUACUUAAUGAAAGAAAUCAUAAUAUACACAUUGAUAUACUCAGAAAUGUGUAUGUAUGAAUAUAAACAGAAAGCUCUGUAUACAGUCUCAGGGCAUACUUCAUAGAAAACGAAGUUUGGUGUAUACAUAAAAUAUCUUUGAAUAAUUCAUUAUAAAAAUAUCUUAUUCUUUUAUCAAAAAUGAUUGGAAUAUAUCAGUCACAGACAUAUAUUUAAUAAUUAUAAGCAAGUAACAAAUAACAUAUUUUUCAAGAAAUAUAUGAGAAAAUUAGUAGCAAUUAUACAACACAGAUUGGUUGUGCUACAAUUCGUAAAUGUGACGACUUAAUAAAAUGAAUUAAUUUCACAUGAGCAAUAUGUAUAAUAAUAAAUUAAAAUUAUAUUAACUUUGUGUGUUCAAAGGCCUAAUUAUAAAAGAAUGUGAAUGACAGAUAAUUACUUAAUUUAUAACUUUGAAUUUUAAUUAUUUAUUUGCAAAAUUUAUUAUAUUUACGUGUGUAAAGUAAAUAUUGUGAAAGAAAAAAUACUUUGAUAAUUAUUUUUCAAAAAAAUAUAUGAUAUUUAUAUGAAUUCUGUCGAAACACAAUGAUUAAAGUGCAGCUUUUCUGUGUGUAUGAAUGCAUUGUGUGUGGCGUGUGUGUAUUCUGUAUUAAAUCUAAUCGAGAACAUAAUAAUAUUUCUAUGUUUUUAAGUGAGACAACGAUAGUUGUUUCAAUCAUAGACGUUCUAUUCAUUCUGUAACAAACAUUACUGAGACAUUAUUACAAAUAUGAUUUUUUUGGUAUGGAAUAAUUUUUAAUUAAUAUAUGUGAUCUUAUUAAAGACCGAAUUUGAGUACAUAUAUUAUAAAACAAUGAACAUGAAAAAAUUUUAGAAUCAUGUGGAAAAAGAUUUUUCAAAUGUAAUUAUUGUUCGUAAAUUAAUAUUUUAUAAAUAAUUAUAUUGACAUACAUCGAACAAAGCGCUGCCAGUUUUUGUUAAUAAAUACUACUACAUCUAGAUUUUCGGAUAAUAGUUUAAUGAGGACUAUUUCAAAGGGUUGAUCUUUACUUAAAAGAAGCAUGAAAUUAAAAAAAAAACGAAUAAUACUAUUGUCUUUAAUAUAGUUAUUUAAGUACAAGCAUCGCCGGAUAGUAAAAUAUUGAUAAAUAAAAUCUAUAUAUUGGAGGGUAUAUUACAAAACAAAAAAAAGAUUGUGAUCAUAGUACUUAUAAUACUCAUGUAUUAUACAUUUCUCAUGUCAUUAAGUAAAUUAAAUGAAAAACGCAUUGUAUAUACAUAGAGAUCAAUUAUUCAAAAACAUUCUAUUAUAAUUAUCUAGAAAAAAAAAAAUUUUUUUUUUUAGUAUAUGUAUAUUGGAAUAUGAUGAAAAUUUCGAGUUCACAUUGAAAAAUAUGUAGAUUUAAUUUUAUGGAAUUUUCAUUUAUUAUUAUCAUGACAAAAAUAAAUUGCUACUUUAACAUGAAGUGCAUAAGUGCUAUGAAAAAAACAGAACGAUUUUUACAAUAGUGCAGGUGCUUUAUAAACAAUUGUAUGGUUUUUACCAUUAAUUUGAAUUAAGUAGAAAUCUGUAAACUAUGAAUUUUUGCUUUCUGCAGAAAAGUAUUUUAUAUCCACUUUACUUUUGGUAACAUUGAUAUAAUCGGACAAUUAUUUCAUAUAGUACUUUAUAUUUAAUUAUUAUUUCUUAUGAAAUCAAUUUAAAUGUAAUUAAUUUAUCUUAUACUACUUAUAUUAUAUUAUGUAAAAAUCGCUUUAGGAUGGAAAUCUAUAGUAAUUUUACUGAACAGGUGUGCCUAAAAGAUGGAAUUGUGAAAAAAUGAAUUUUAGCAAUGAAUUUAGAUAUUUUAAUCAUUUUACUUAGAAAGAUAACUUUACUGAACUAUGGCUCUGUAAAAUAAAUAAAUCUAGUCCUUUAUCAGGAA